AUGUUUCCUCCACGCAAAAGACCUUUUUACCAAUAUAAUAUAGAACUUCUUUAUGUUGACAACUGUCCACGAGAAGGAAAUAAAAAGAUUCGUUUGGAAAAAGACUCAGCUACCAUAUUAAAAACACAGUAUAAUAUUGUUAAGGAAACACCAAAACAACAGGCAUGUCCAAGAUGUUUAGCUGGUGAAAGUGGACACUUCAAGCACGUUUAA